UUUUGAUCGAGAGAAGGCUCCACCUGUUUAAUUGCUGCCUGCCGCUCCGGCCGAUUGAGAGAGAGAGAGGAGGACACGGGGCAGGGCGGCCUCAGUGCGCCCCUAUCGGCCGCGCGCCGCCUCUGCAAGGGCCGUCCCGCCGGGUUCUGGAAGCCACUGCUUUUCCCUGCUCUCCGCCGAAAGCUGCCGCGGCCGCCCGUCCCGGUGCCAGCGCCGCCACCGCCACCCGGAGGGUCCCCGCCGCGCAGGCAGCGGGAGCGGCAGACGGGGCUCCGAGAGGAGAGGCGCCUUUUUCCCUUCUCCCCUUUUCCCCUCCCUCCGCUGAUCCCCGCGCCUCCAUGGAGCCCAGCACCAGCGGCCCCGCAGGAGCCAAGCGCAGUAGAGACGGCGCCCUCGCCCCCUCCCGAGGGUCUGUGGCGAUGAAGAAGACACAUACGUCCCAAAUAGAAGUGAUCCCCUGCAAAAUCUGUGGAGACAAAUCAUCCGGGAUCCACUAUGGAGUGAUCACCUGUGAAGGAUGCAAGGGUUUCUUCCGGCGUAGCCAGCAAGGGAGUGUGACCUAUUCCUGCACCCGACAGCAGAACUGCCAGAUCGACCGCACGAGCCGUAACCGAUGCCAGCACUGCCGACUCCAGAAAUGCCUCAGCCUCGGCAUGUCCCGGGAUGCCGUCAAAUUUGGCCGGAUGUCCAAGAAGCAGCGGGACAGUCUCCAUGCGGAGGUCCAGAAGCAGCUGCAGCAGCAACAGCAGGGAGGCGACGCUUCGGCUUACUCCUUGGGCGUCGCCAACGGGCAACUCAAGCUGGCUGCUUCCCCCGACCUUCUGGAAGCCUCCACCUGCUCCACGGCCCUCUUGAAUGGGCAACCCCGCCUCAGCCAGUCGCCAGAUGAGACGGCCGCCUUGGCUUACCCCAACGGACUUGCCAAGGCCCAGAGCCUUCUGGGUGAGGACCUCCGGGCCCCCUUUACCAAGGGAUACAGCCCCGAGCGCAUCAAGAUGGAGGGCAGAGGGAGCGUCUAUUACGCCUUGGAGACGCAGGCAUCGCCCGAGCUCUUGAACCCGGACGCCAGUGGGACGAAGCGACUGGCAGGGGGCGAGGUCGGUGGAGAGAGCCUGGACUUUUACACCACCCCCAGUUUCACCAGCCUCUUAGAGUCGCCAAAUUCAUCUCUGACCGAAAUUGAGCACCUCACGCAGAACGUCCUCAAGUCCUAUCGGGAGACGUGCCAGCUUCGUCUGGAGGACCUUCAGCUCCUCCGGUGGGAGACGUUCACCAAGGAAGAAGUCGGGAGCUACCAGAAAAAGUCCAUGGAAGAGAUGUGGGAACGCUGCGCCUGCCACAUCACGGAAGCCAUCCAGUACGUGGUGGAGUUCGCCAAGCGGAUGUCUGGAUUCAUGGAUCUGUGCCAAAAUGAUCAGAUCGUCCUCCUUAAAGCAGGUGCCAUGGAAGUGGUUUUGGUGAGAAUGUGCCGUGCCUUCAAUUCGGAGAACCGGACCGUCUUCUUCGAAGGCAAAUACGCCAGCCCGGAGCUCUUCAAAUCCCUUGGUUGCAAUGAGCUGAUCAACUCCAUCUUCGACUUCGCACACAGCCUGUCUUCGCUUCACUUCUCUGAGAACGAGAUCGCCCUCUUCACAGCACUGGUGCUGAUUAACUCAAAUCGCCCCUGGUUGCAGGAGAAAAGCAAAGUGGAGCGGCUACAGAACAACCUGGAGCUGGCCUUCAAGCACAUGCUACGGAAGAACCACCGGGAAGGCAUCUUGGCCAAGCUGCCCCCGAAAGGGAAGCUUCGGAACCUGUGCUACCAACACAUGGAGAAGCUGCGCUCCUUCCGUCAAAUGUAUCCCAUCAUUGUCCAUGCUGUCUUCCCACCACUGUACAAAGAGCUCUUCAGUUCAGACUGUGACCCUUCCCAGGGAGCAGCAGGGGAAUAACCCCCCAAUGAGAUGGGGUAAUUCCCUGAAAGCAGCUGGAACACCAUACAGAGAUCUCCUCCCACUUCCUCGACCUUUCUGCAAUCUCUGCUCUGGGAUCUAACCCCAGUAUGAGGAAGGAUGGAGGGAUAUCUAGACUGUUGUUAAAGAUCCCACACCCCCAGUGCAUUCCUGCUCAGCGCAUUAAGAAGCGGACAGAGGAGGAAGGAUGCCUGCAUUUUCAAUUUAUCCCACCGCUGCCACCAGGUGUCGAUAUGUGAACUUAAGUAGGUCAUUUCGUCCCUAAAGAAAAUGGAACAAGACCAUGUUGACCAACAUCCUCUCCCCAGAACUGUUGAAUCAAGGAGAUAAGAAACUUCAGAAAAAGUUUGGAAGUUUGACACCAUUACAGCAGAAAAUAUUAAUCAAGGGGAAGGUCUUGUGGACAAAUAGUUCUCCUAAGAGAGGAGGAUGCUUUUGCCAUGACGUGGUCUCAUGGGAGGGACAACAUCCAAUGAGCUGCCCAUGUUCUAACACCGCAGCCAGGACGGCUGACUGGAUAACCCAGAAAUACCUCAUUUUGCUGUCUGAUGAGAUGAGACUCAAUCAAGCUUUUUUUCCUUGAAACCAAGUUUUUAAGAAAUAAUAUAUUAUUAUAAUAUAUAUAUAUUGUACUUCUAUAAGAUAGAUCUCUAUUUUUCAAAGUCUGUCAACUUCAA